AUGCCGACGCCAACACCGUCCUCUACUGUGGGAGAAGAGAGACAGGAGCAGAUCAAGAAGUUCUGUCAAUUCGAUGUGAGACGCCAGCUGCUCGAGAUCCAUCUCAUGCAGCAUGCGUCUUUGCAAAGAGAUGAAGCGGACCAGGCACAAGAGGCUAUCGAUCUUGUCCCUACAUAUGUCGAUGAAGUGAUGGCAAGUGCCAUGCUUCCUGCCUACAAGGACAAGAAACUUCAGACAUAUAUCAUUGACAUGAUUGAAAGGCUGAACCCUGGAACCAUCCCUGCUGCCGCGACCACCGCCUACACUGUGGUGCAGAAGGCAAUCCGCCAAAGGCUAACCAAUCGAAGGCAUAGUGUCUUGACUACGAUCAAGGGGUCAAUCAACAAGAAGACCAACCUUUGGUCUCUAGCGGCUGAGAUCUUGCCCGAGGGGAACCAGCGUACUUCCGCUGUCCUUGGGAGGGUGGCCAUGCUGCGGGGCCUGGCUCAAGAGUUCGCUGAUCAGGAAGAGACUGCCGCUGUCGCCGAGAGCGAAAAAGCGAAGAAGGCGGUUACUUUCUGGGACUUCGUGGAUCCGAAGCUGAAGGGCUUCUAUGAAGAGGGCAGGUGGACGGCGAUGGCAAAGUGA